UGCACAAAACAAAAGCACAAGUAGAAGAAAACGUCCGUGCGCGAGCGUGAAUGGUACAAUUCCGUGGAAUCAACUUUUGCCGGGUGUUUUAAGGUUUUACGACUUCAUGUUUACGGUGUUUUUAGUGCUCGGUUUUCCCCCGGUUCCGUUUCAAGCACAGGCCAAGCCACCGGGCACGCGGAAAGGGAAAUAAUUUCGUACCGGAAUUGUUACGAUCGGGUUUUUAGCUGUCUUGCAGUGCGAUGGGCAAUUUGCGAUAACCUAUCGGGGUUUUUGCUUUACCUAAAAGUUUCGCUUUGUUUCCAAACUUCCUACCGGUACUGUGUUUGGGGCGGCAAAACAAGUUUCAGUGUUGUUUGAUUCCUAAAAUCCCAAAGUUCUGUGUUUCCUCAUUGAUUGGCGAUUUUAUUCCUCCCCGAUGAGAAUGGUGUGUGUUGUGUUUGUGUGUGAGUGUGCCAAAGGGUUUAUCGGUUUAUCGUAAAAGGGGUUUGCGAAACAGGCGGCCAAUUUUGCAGCGUUUAGGUGACAACACAUUUAUGCCUAGCUAGGCAGUUCCGCGUACGUGCGUCGGAAGCAUUGCUACAGCCUGCUGCAUCGUCGCUUUUCUAGCCGCAUACAUGCGCAAGUGAGGUUACGCGCUAGCCAUCGCAACCAGCACCGCGAAGGGCGAUUUUGAUUGAUAAGGCAUUUCAGACGGGGACGGGGGUGGGCAGUACGAGGCCCUGCGGUGUGGAUUUUUGCCACGCGAAAAAGUGCGGUAAACAGUAAGUUCGCUAGAAUGGAUGCGGUCCCGGUAGGAGAAGAACAGCAGCCGGAAGAAAAGGAAACAUAUUCGCAGCCGGAUGUGGAAAGCUCCGCUGCUGCGGUUGAAACUGUUGCGUCAACGGGAUGUACUGACAGCCGGAAGGAUGCGACGGACGUAACGAAUGCGUCCGGAGGGAAGGACAAAGAGCAGGAAAGUGCUGUCUCUCGGGGAAGCGAAACGGCCGCAGCAGUAAAGCCAACUCAAUCCACCGACGAAGAGGCAGAUCAACUAGACGAGCCGGUGAUAGAGCUGGACAGUUCACCGGAAAAGAUGCCAGCGCUGAGCAAAACCAAAGAAGAGUCGCUGAAAAGUCCCGAGCUGGAAGUGUUCUCGAUCGACGACGAGGAAGAGCAGAACGAGGAGGAAGAGCACGAGGAAGAGGAAGCGGUGGAUGAAGAGGACGACUACGAGGACAUGGAUGAAGAUUAUGAGGUGUACGUGGAGGAGAAGGAAUCGGCCAAUCCGCACAACUCCAUGGAUGACGAUGGGUCCAAGCUAGAUCUCAGCACAGACGAAUACACGGACGAGGACGUGGAAGCGGAACAGUCGCCCGAAAAGAUGGGUGCGAAAUCUGCUUCCACCCCGAGACGGAAAUCACCCUCGGAUCCGGAACAGGAAGAUGACGAAGAGGAGGAGGACGAAGACGACGACGACGACGAUGACGAUGACGAGGAGAAUGAUGAACAAGAGCAGGAAGAUGACGAGGACGAUGACGAUGUACAGAUCAUAUCGUACGACGAGGUAAUUGAAGAGGACGGUGAAGAUUCCGAGGAGAAUGAAGACAAUGAUGAGGAUAGUGUGCGGGACGAGAGCGAGGAGGAGCACGGGAAACGGAAAGUGCAUUCCGGUGCGAAGGCGAAAUCGGGUUCCGGUGGCCACCGUAGAGGUUUCGCCAGAUUCCCGAUAACGCAUGUGAAGUAUCGCAGCUUAAAGCAGAAACAGGUGGCCAGCAUACGGAAGCGGACUAUUCGAAUAUUAAACAGGCACAGCAUGCACGUUAUGGACCACAAUGACGAUGCGCAAGCGCUGUCUUCGGAUUGUAAAGUAAUCAAAACCCCACGCACGACCGAUCCAAAUUCCGUGUUCGCACCCGCAAAGAGUCCAGGGCAGGCGACUAUACUGCGUCAAGAAAUUUACGGUUCCGCCUCAAUCACAUCGAGCGACAGCCAAAACGACGAAACCAAAGAUACCGGAAUUACUACUGCUGGCGGUGACAAACAACAUCCGGUGGGGUCGCCAAAAUUGACAGAAGGAGCUGCAGAGAAAUCUUCCAACACUAUCUCCAGUACGCCCGCAUCAUCCAAUCCGGACGACAAAAUGCCAACAGCGACAGCGGUCGAGGUGUCGGAGAGGAUUGCCGAUUCGAGUGAUGAUGCCGUUUCGGUGCUAUCAUCUUCCACGUCGACCAAGAAAUCCGUCACGGCCAUCACGCCCACAGUAAACAGUUCCGCCAGCACGGAAGCUGUAGAGCAGAAGACAAGCGCGUCAGAGCAAACGGGCACAACCGAUGCGUCGUCCAAAGUUAGUGAUGCUGAUAGAGAAGUGCCGUCUGCUAAGGAGAGUUCUACCGCUACUAGCUUGCAGGAUGAACUAAGCAAGCAGGAAAGCAACUCCACCACUAGCCAAAAAGGAGAAGCAAAUGUUCCGAGCGAAAAGAAGCAAACCAAUCCGUCGCCUGCAGGACUUGCCGAACCUACGGCAGAUGAUGUGAUGGCGGGGAUCGAUGAUUUUAUGGACCACAAUGGCAGUGAAGACGAUGCGGAAGAUAAACAGCAAGAGUUCAACGAUGAUCUAACAUUCCAGAUGGACGUUGAUCCACCGGUCGGCGAUCGUACAAAAAAAGAAGAGCGUGCCAUUGACUUAACAGCCGUCAGCGAACAGUCAGCGUCGAAGCCCCAGAAGCCAAAGGAGUCAGCGUCCUCUGAAACGCCUCUAGCUGAUAGUGAAAAAGAACCAAGAGCGUCCUCCACGUCGGUGGCUGUGAGUUCCGCAAAGGAAGGCAAUCUGGAUCUGCACGAAAAAACCGUUGUCACGUCCACACCCGUUACCAAUCAGAAGAAAGGGCAGCAAACGCGUUCCGACCGAGAGCAAGAGGCGGCUCCGUCCUUACCCUCGUUGGAGGUUAAGCAGGAGCACGAGGAAGAACCGGAUGUGAAUGAAGCUCAAAAUCUGUCCAAACAGAAAUCUUCCGGUCCUCGCGAUACGCAGAAAGAAGUGCAGCCGGAAAAGGCACCGCAACAGCCGACAGUCAGUCGAAAGCGAAGACGCUCCGUUACGACCGAGGAAGACCGACAGUCGAGCUCGGGCAGAGCCGACCAAGACGCGGAAGAAUCAAUCGAACCGGCGAAAAAGCUAAAGCUAGAAGUGGAGGCCAACUAUCAACUGCACGAUUGCGUGGUGAGCGAAUAUAUUGAAACGACGCAAAACACCUCGGUAAGCGAGAUACAGAGCCACACCGAUGCACUGGUUAAGGAAAUACAGGAGCUGAACGAUAUGAUCCGCGAGACGGAAACGAAAUGGAACAAUCUGCUGCAUCUGAAGAAGGUAAAGGAGGAGAUUUUGUUGCGGCUUAACCGCCGCAAACACGUGAUCGGUAUUAUGGACACACAGCUCGGUGAGGUAUCGGUGUACAGCCAUCUGGAUUCGUCGAACCUGAGCAGUCAGCAUCAUCACCAGCAGAGUGGCCGCUCGUCGUCCGUUGGCCCACGUCCGCCAACGCCACCGCCCGAGGUCGAAAUACGGCCCGCCUCCGUUACCAACUCCAUGCACUAUGGUUUUAAUGCGUCGAACAGUGGUGGUGCGGGAACCACCACCGCUAGCAACGGCGGUGACAAAGCGAGCAGCAGCCACUUCGGCAACUCACUGAUCUCUAACCGACGCAGCAGCAGUAACAGCGUCCAACCGGCUAGUGCAAACAGCUCCAGCAAAGCGUCGCGCAACAAGGACACCAACAGCUUCGUGUCCCAGUUCAACAGCAGCAACAAUGCCGUCACGAUGGUGCCACUGCCAAACACGACCUCGAUGAUACUGAAUGCGCGGGCCAGCAUGAAUACGGUCGAGGUGGCGAAGGAAAAGUCGGCCGCAGUACAGAUCCAGCGCCAGAUACUUUCCAAACCGAUCCUCAGCAACCACCAGCAGAUACUGAACAAUCUAGCAAUGUCGGCCGGUUUGACGGGGCAGUCCGGUACGUCCAGCAGCACCAACAGCGGAUCGAACAACGGCUCCAGCAAUUCGGCACUGCUGAACGGUCAUCACGGGUCGGGCACACUGACGGCGAACCAACAGCACCAGCUCCAGAUCGGCCGGCAGGGCAUGCGCAAAGACGUGAGCAGUAUUAUCGCGGACUAUCGGCAGAAGCAUCCGGAGAAUGUGCCGAGGCGUGGUCGCCGGUUGAAGAAUGUCGGUGGUGCUGGUGGCGGUGGUAGCAGCAGCAACAGUGCCAACAACAACGGAACAUCCGGUGGCAAUGGUAUCGGUACGUUCGGCGAAGGUGGUGCCAUUAGUUUGACCGCACUGUCGUCCGGUGGCAAAUCACCGGCAAACGUGCGCCCCAACUCGACGGACAGUGUAGCGAACCGUAUAUCGGAACUGCUGGCUGCGGCCGAGACAUCGCGCCCCUCCAGCAAUGAUUCGAGCCAGAGCAGCUCGAACCUGCUCACGUCGCUGCUGUCCGCCUCCGGUGCGAUGGCCCAAAGCAAUCAGCAGUUUCUAAAGGAUAUGCUUGCCCAGUUUGCCAAGAUGAGCCAGAACGAGCAGAGCUUGCUGGCGAACCUGCAGCUACUGUCCAGUAAUGCCAGCACCACGAGUGCCACUAACAACAACACCGUCUCGUCUCCGCAGCAGUCACCCCAGCAGCAGCACCACCAGAAUCAACACCACACGGUCGGCAGUCUUCAUCAGCAGCAGCAGCAGUCAUCGCUACUGUCGAAGGCUUCCCUGCCGGAGGUAACGCUUCAUCCGGUGAUGAACUCUACCGCACAUUCGGACGCGCUGGGUGGCGGUGGGUCCCACGGUAAUGGUUCAUUUUCCGGGGGAAACAUGAGUGGGGCUAACAGCAGCACCAACUCACUGCUGCAUGGAAUUCUUACCAAAUCCGCGUCCCGGCCGGGUGGUCAAGCAGCGGCUGCGGCAGCAGCAGCAGCAGCUGCUGUCGGGAACUUUAACAGCUUCUCGCCAACGCUAGCCCGACUGUUGACCGUACCGGAGCGGAUGAAUACGCAGUCAUCGUCGACCGUUACGUCGGGUGCGCUCGCAAACCUGCAGACCAACAGUAUCGCGGGCGGUUUAAACCUAUCGAAGAACAUCAAUGAAAUAUCGAUCACGCCCGUCGUUGGGUCGAACUAUCAGCAAACGUUUCUUGCACAGCAACAGCAGCAACAGACGCUGCAGAGGCUACGCGAGCAGCAGCUGUACAAUCUGGACGAUGAAGCAGACGAUAGUGCCGAUCGGUUGGUGAUCGACGAAGGAGACGAUAUGGGGGGCCAACGGGACUCGAAUGUCCUGCACGGUGGCAAACGGCGUGGAGCGGAGAUAAACGAGAACGAAGUGCCACAGUGUCAGGGCUGCAAGAAGCAGGAGGCUAAGUUUGUGUGUGCAGGCUGUGGCAACCAGUGGUACUGUAGCCGAGCGUGUCAGGUAAAUGCUUGGGAUGAUCAUUCGGAAGUUUGCAGUGGUUAAUGGCGUGUUGUUUUGUAACGGGCGGUCCCAUGGAGCCGUCGUCUCAUACCUUUGCGUUCAUACCUUAACAUGGGUGGACCUCUUACCCUUACCUUACGACUAGCGCUAGAAGGAGUAGCAGCAGCAGCAGCAGUAGCUUCUGUACACAUUGACCUAUUUUUCUUACUAAGCUUAAAAGCAAAGUUGAUGUUCAACUUAAACCCCGCACACAUACAUACAGACACACAGAUACAAGCAAAUGAUAUAACUGUAGUAUGUUUGACUGUACAGGAGGACGCGUAUAUUAGUACGGGCGUUGGCGGUCUGGCGUGUGUAUUACAAGAAUCCAUGCAAAAUGUUACUUUUAGACACUUUGAGUACUGUAUCGUUCGUGUGCGCUAUUAGGCAGGUUAACUACUACCAUUACUUAGAUACUUUCACUCACCUUUAUUCGCCUUUAUAAAGAGGACAACACAGACACACAUAUACUAUUCUGCUUCUUUGUUACAGUGGCAACAUUUAAGCAUAUUAUUAAGCAGUUGGGCGUACAUUUUCAUUACCAAUCAUUCAACGAGCAAUUUUCACCUUUUAUUUUUUUUUUACAACACAUAUAUAUGGCACCAUGUGUGCGUGUGUAACAUAGGGAAUAUGGAAUCUUGAAAGUUGAGGAUAAAUAUGUGCCACGACGGAACUGGUAAGGGAAACACUGUAUUUCUGCACUCGUUUUUUUCUACAAAAGAGAUGAAGGGAGGAACAACUUCAUUUGGUAGUGUUGUGUGAUACAUACAAUAUCGAUCAAGAUACGCAUUUCGCUUAAUCAUUUACAUGGAAAACCAACAGCCACAGAUUUAAGUUACAGAUAUGUUUGUUUUACAUUGGACACCGAUUGGUAGUGCAUAGGGGGCGGCUGACACAAUAUUUGAAUUUUUCAUAAUUGCUGUGGAAUCUGUGUAGCCGGUAGAUUCGUUUUUCAAUGCAAAAUGAUUUAACUUGUUUCUUUUAUAUAAGCUAGAUGUACUAGGAGAGAAAGGUGUUUGCAAAACGUGUGUUAAUAUAACGUGUAACAGAACGUUUGCAGUGCACCGCGGAACGCUAAUUUAUUCGACACAUUUAAACAAGUCCGUCAUGGAGAACUAUAGUUGUAGCUUGACCACCUUCCUUUUCCUUUAGCUGCGUAUCAAAAUUAUUAACCUAACAUGUGUGUGAGAACUAUCAUCAUGCUAAUGUGUUAUGAAAAGAAAAUGAAAUGAAUGCGAAUGAAAAGACGGACUAGUAGAUCCUUGUAUCGUAGUAGUACUGUGCGUAAUAAAGCUAUAAAGUGCGCUGAGAGCGUCCGUCGUGCAUGUAUUUAAAUGCGGCGUACCAGUCGUAGUAGCGCACAUCAGCAAUCUUCAAUGGCCAGACUAUAAGAAUUCAAAAAAAGAAGCGUUUUAUCGCAAAGCAGAUGUCUUUAUCGUCACGCAUUACGAACCGUAUUUCUGUGUAGAUGUAUAAACAAAUGGGGAACUAGCACGACGGUAUGAUACGGUCGUGGCAAACAGUGGCAAAAUAAUGUGAAAACGAGAACGAGCCAAAUAAAGCACUACAAAUUACAUUUAAAAAGCAA